UAAUUGAUAUAUAUUUUUAAUUACAGGUGAUAAACAUCAAGCAGAAACAGUUAACGUAACUCAAUCAGACUCUGUACAGAAUUUGUUUUUGAAAAUUAAUUCCAAAUUUUCUUCUACUCCUGAUGUAGUAGUGAAUUGUGCUGGAAUUACAAGAGAUUCAUUUUUGAUAGAUAUGACAGAACAAAUGUUUGAUGAUGUUAUUAAAGUUAAUCUAAAAGGUACAUAUUUAGUUAUGCAAGCAGCAAGUAAACUCAUGAUCCAGGAAAAAGUAACAAAUGGCUGUAUAGUUAAUAUAUCCAGUGUUGUAGGUAAAGUAGGAAAUAUGGGACAAUGCAAUUAUGCCGCAUCAAAGGCUGGCGUUGAAGCUCUUACAAAAUCGGCAGCUAAAGAGUUGGCUAGAUACGGAAUUCGAUGCAAUGCUGUUAUGCCUGGUUUUAUUGACACUCCCAUGGUAUCAACUGUUCCAGAGAAAGUGAUGGAUAAUAUUUUAAAACAGACACCACUCAGACGGAAAGGAAAACCUGAAGAAAUUGCUGAUGUUUGUGCUUUUCUAGCUUCUUGUAAAAGUUCUUAUAUUACAGGAGAAAUAAUUCAAGUAUCAGGAGGAUUAUAUAUGUAGCUAUGUUUAUUUGAAAAUAUCAUCCGUAGAUGAUUUGCUUUAAAUAUGGAAUUAUGGCAAAAAUUUUGAUACUAAAGAGUUUUCUUACCAAUUUUAGAAAAUUUAGAUAAUAAAAAUAUGAAAUCAUUAUACUAAUUUAUAGUAUUCAUAAAUAUGAGAUAUUCUAUUUUGAGAUGUAAAAUGAAAAAUUAACUAUUAAAUAUAAUUAAAAAUAAUAUGAUAAAUUUUACUUGAAAUAUUAGAAAAUUGCAAUAGAUAUGAGAAUUACAGCAUAUAUAGUAAAACCUUAUUAAGUUGAAGUGUGUUAACUUGAAUUAGUCAACAAGUCCCAAGCUAGUAUAUAGGGUUUCCAUACAAUAUGAUCUCAUUGAGUCGAGAUUGCCAGUACUUUUAACUCAAACCUAUUUUCCUUUGUACCCUCUACCCUUUGAUACAGUGAUUUUCAACUGGUUUGCAGCAAAAAUUUUUGAAAGUUAUUAAAUAAAUUAUUUUCUAAAGAAAUCCAAAGAACAAUAAACAAGUGUAAAUAACAAAAUUAAAACCUCUAAAUUGAUUAUAUUAGUUUUUCAUUGUUAUAAUAAACAAACAUAUACAUAAUGUAGUAAAAGAUAUGCACAUAUAAUUUUGCUUAUGAAUAUAUAAUACCGGGUUAUUUCAUUUAAAUGAAAUUUUCUUUCAAUUUAAAAUGUAUCUAUAAUUGUCCAUAUUUAAUUCAAAUUAUAAAUAGCAGGACAUUGGGUGGUUUCUAAAGGCAACUAUCAUACCACCUUUAAAUGCAUAUUAAGACUUAAUGUUAAUUACUUUAUUUAUGUAAAUGAAAAUUAUUAAUUUAAAUAACCAUUGUUGUAACCUGCUGUUAUUUUAAGGAACAAUACUGUUCUAUUUAAUUCACAAAAAAUAUAGGAAAAAAAAAUUAGGUUAAGGGGCAAGUAAUAUGGUGGUAGAAUGUUUACAAACACAACUUCAAAUCAUGUGAUAUUUUCCAUGGAAAUUUAAUUAUAGAUUCAAGUAGGCUGUGAGAUAGAAAACGUUGAAAAACACUGCUUUGAUAAAUCCUGUUAUCUUCAUUUUUCCUUAUAUUCUGUGUAAAUACAGACAGUUAAGAUAAACAAACACUGCAGCUCCUUGUUGAACAUAAUAUCAGGCCAUUACAACCUUGCAUUGACAUUGUUUUACAGUAUGUUACUCACAUUCUGAUUGGGACACAAGAGCAUCUUGACAACACCCUCAAAAGUACCAUAAACUGUAUGCAAUUUUGUAGUCAUUCUAUGAACAGAUUCCUAACAAACAGCUUGAUAGUACCUCUGAAAAAUUUGAGAAAAUUGGGCAUUAAACUUUAAACUCCUUAACUUGAAACCCUAAUUUAAAGUUGAGAUCUUUUUUUUUACUGAUUUAAGAUUUUACUGUGUGGUGUGUAUAUAUGUGAUAUUAGAUAGUAAAAUUUAUUAAAACAUUUUUUUAGUAAAUAUGUAAAAGAGUUUAAAUUAAACUUAGUUAAAUUUUUUUCAAAUUAAUGUUUAAAUAAAUUAUUGUUUGAAUUAACAGUGUUAGAACAAUGAUGAGGCAGUCCUUUAACUUAGAAUUAAACUUUAUUCUAAUCUAUGACUAUACAUGCACUUGUUCACACAUCAAUAACUUGGCGGGCAACUAGAAACAGGUUUCUUCUUGUUUCGAGCAGUCUUUCAUGUGUGUUGCCAGUUCAUACACAGCUUGCGAUAUCAACACUUGCUUUAGUUUAGCAUUCCCUAACAAUUCCCCCUCAAAGAAGAGACUCUGUCUCAGUGUUUCCCAAUGUAGGGCAAUUGGAUUGUUAAGGGGGCAAUUCAAAAAUGGACUCAUUCAGAGUCUAAGUUAACCGUAUAGCCACUGUAUAUGUUAGGGAGGCAUAAGAAUAUUAGAAAGGCUUAGGUGGGGUAUAGCACAAAAAAGGUUGGGAAACACUGCUCUAUCUUCACUUAGUGAUCUCUUUGCUAGUUAUGUGUUUACGGUUGAUCAGAAGUGUUGCUCUUACUUGUUAGUAUCCAUGUACUUUAUUUGUAUUGUUCUGUAAGUGAUGUUUUCCUUAACUUUAUAGACCCACUUACAUUUGAUAAUUGUUGUCCCUUCUGUCAAUUCUGUUAAGUUCCAUACCUUAUGUUUUCUCAGGUACUCCACUUCUUCUUCCAUGGCAGCCAGCCAUCUGGCUGAAUCAUUUGAUUCCAUGGCUUCUUUAUAUAUCAAAGGCGCCUUGACUAUCUUUUUACCAGUUGUGGCAGAUUUGUCUAUGGUUUUCAUUCUACAUUCCUUUCUGGUCUCCCCCUCUGUCCUGUUUGAGUGAUUUGUGGCCUUCCACUUGCUCUUACCAGUUCAUUAUUCUGCUUGUUUUCACUUUUGUUCAUUUUGUUUUUGUCUCACUUUUGGAUGAAGUAUUUUCUUCAGGUUGUAAUUGUUCCUUAGUAGAUUCAAGGAUAUCUAAUUUUGCUUCUUUAAUAUCAAGUCUUUCUCUUCCAUGGGAUUUGUCAUCUUCAGUCAUUUUGGUAUUGUCCCUUGCGUUGUUUGGGAAUUUGUUGAUAAAUUUGACAUUUCUGUUUGUUAUAACUCUUUUUGUCUUUAUGUUCCAUAGAUAAUAUGCUUUUGUUUCACUAGAAUAGUCUAUAAAUAUGCAUUUGGUGGAUCAAAAUAUUUGAUUGUUGGCAUUCUACCAGUCCAUAACUUGAAGAGUAUGUCAUCUUCCAGGCUCUUUGAUGGAUAUCUAUUUCUAAUAUAUGAUGCAGUAUAUACAGCCUCUGCCUGAAAGCAUUCUCUCAAUCCUGCUUGGCUACUCCAAGCAGGAUUGAGAGAAUGCCGGGUCAAUUCCAUUUCCAUUAAUGAACAUUAAUGGAAAUGGGAUUGACCCUGGCAUUCUCUUCUUUUCGCAAUGCCAUUUUAUUGUGGUGUUUAGCAGGCUGUUUUCUCAUGCCUAAUCCCUUUAUGUUUCAGGAAGUUCUGAAAUUCUUUAUUAAACAAACAACUUGACACCUAAGUGCAAAUUCCAGCAUAUAAUGAACAAAUAAAUUUUAAUGUUCAAAUGUUUUCGGCUGUCUUUCAGAGGCCCUCAUCAGGAAAGAAUGCAUAAAACAGAAAAAACAGUUCUAUCUUGUUUUCAGUUUGUUUAAUAUACAGUUCCAGUUUGGUGUGCCAGUUUUUUAUGUAUAAUUCUUUAAUAAACUCCCAACAACCUUUAAAUAACCAGUAAAAUAUUUAAAACUACUACAAACGUUUUCGACCGUUAUUUCCGGUCUUCUUCAGGUUAAAAUUUCUGAGAUUUGAAUAGCAGCUGUGCUUGAAGAUUUAAACUUUUUUAGAACGUAUGAACAGUUGCGUAUAGUGAUUCAUAGUGCACGUGCGCACUAAAUAUAGUGUAUACAAACAAAAGAAUAUAUCAAUAUAUUUUUUACACACACAUAUAAAAAACGGUGGAGAUCUGGAUUAAAUGGGAUCUUAGCGUUCAUAAUAGUUUCCAAG